GGAGGGAGCGAGGCAAUGAGCUGCCCGCCGGCGGCCGCCUGUGAGUGACGGCGGCGGGGCAAGAAGCGGCGGCGAAGAUUAAGAAGAGGAGGAGGAGGAGGGCAGCGAUCCUUACUAGUACCUGUGGGAGUACGGGAGAGUCCCGGCCGAGGGCUCCGCGAUGCCCUUCGCCAAGCGGACUGUUGAGCCGCAGCGGCUGUGCCGGCGGCAGCCCGCUGCCUCCGUGCUGGAGGAGAGCUGGGGUGCGGAGCCGUCGCCGCGGGACCCGCUGCCGGAGGAGCCGGGGACGGCGGGCGAGAGCGCGGAGGCGGCCGGCGGCGGGGAGAGGGAGGCGGCGGCGGUGCUGAUGGUGCUGGACCUCUGCUCGGUCAGUAACGUGGCCCUGUCACGGAUACUCAGGCAACUCUCCGACGUAGCCCGGCACGCCUGCACCCUCUUCCAGGAGGUCGAGGCUGACAUCCAGAGCACCCACCGUCGCGUCCGAGCGCUGCACGGUCGCAUCGCUGGGCUCCAGGGAGCUGUGCGCGGACUCGACCCCAAGCAGGAGGCAGUGCCUGUCUCCAACCUGGAUGCAGAGAGCAAACUGAGUGUCUAUUACCGAGCACCUUGGCAUCAGCAAAGAAACAUCUUCCUCCCCUCCACCAGGCCACCUUGCGUGGAGGAGCUGCACCACCACGCCAAGCAGCAUCUGCGGGCCUUGCGCAGAGAACACCGGAGCCGAGGUGAUAAGAGAGAGCAAAAAGUGCAAGGCCCCAUUGCUGUGGUGGCUCCCCCCUUUCCUCCCUUCCCUGCAAUCUGCAGUCAAAAGAGGCAAGCGAUAAAGGACCGACACUUGCUACCAUUUAACAGCACCCGCUCGCCCUCCCCAAUUGAGUGUUGCCACAUGACCCCCUGGAGUAGAAAGGUUCGGCACAAAAGCUGCAGGCAGAAAGAAGGAUGUGAUGUUCGACUGAAAUCCUACGUGGGAAAAGGGGGUUUUCUGUGGGUGGGAGGAGGAGGAAACGUGCGUUGUCUCAGGUCUAGGGGUGCUGCAGGAGGUGACACUGGCAAGUCCCAUCCACCAGAGGACGAAGAUACAGAUGUCAUGUUAGGGCAGAGGCCGAAAAAUCCAAUACACAAUAUCCCUUCUACACUGGAUAAACAAACCAAUUGGAGUAAAGCACUACCUCUCCCAACUCCAGAGGAGAAAAUGAAACAAGAUGCCCAAGUGAUUUCUUCUUGCAUUAUCCCCAUCAAUGUCACUGGAGUUGGUUUUGACAGAGAGGCUAGUAUACGCUGCUCUCUUGUUCAUUCACAAUCUGUACUACAGCGGAGACGAAAGUUGAGGAGGAGGAAAACCAUCUCUGGCAUCCCCAGAAGAGUGCAACAAGAAAUAGAUUCAGAUGAGUCACCAGUGGCAAGAGAGCGCAAUGUGAUUGUGCACACAAACCCAGACUUUCCUGGCUCCAGCAACAGGAGGUCAGGGACCCGGGACUCGGAGUGCCAGACAGAAGAAAUCCUGAUAGCUGCUCCCUCCCGGCGACGGAUCCGUGCUCAGAGGGGACAGAGUGUUGUCGCUUCCCUCUCCCACUCUGCUGGCAACAUCUUGGUGCUGGCAGACAACGGGGAUGCCGUCUUCGCUGCCACUGUAAGCAACCGCAUCCGCUCAAGGAGCCUUCCUCGCGAGGGCGCCCGGGCCAGUGAGGGCCAUCAGGAUGCCACCACCAAGAAUGCAGGGUAUGAAGCAGAGCUCUUCCUAGCUGGCCAGGAAAGGAUCCUGAAAAAGGGGAAGGAGGUCUUGAGUAAGCAGGGUUCACAAGAGUGCCAGCCCAUUGGUUUAACUUGUCCUCAGCAUCUGCACAGCCCUGAACACAGUGUCGGCGAGAGGGGGAGAUCACGGCUAUCAAGGAUGGCUGAUUCGGGCAGCUGCGAGAUUUCAUCCAACUCGGACACUUUUGGGAGCCCCAUUCACUCUAUCUCCACGGCAGGAGUCCUGCUCAGCAGCCACAUGGACCAGAAAGAUGACCAUCAGUCCUCCAGUGGCAACUGGAGUGGGAGCAGCUCCACAUGUCCCUCCCAGACGUCUGAAACCAUUCCUCCUGCUGCCUCUCCUCCACUGACAGGUUCUUCACACUGUGACUCUGAGCUGUCGCUCAACACUGCUCCUAAUGCCAAUGAGGACUCCAGCGUCUUCCUCACGGAGCAGUUUGGUGAUCACAUGGACAAGGUCAGGGGCCACAGGGCGAGCUCCUUCACCUCCACGGUGGCGGAUUUACUGGAUGACGCCAACAACAGCAACACCAGUGACAGUGAGUGGAACUACCUGCACCAUCACCACGAUGCCUCUUGUCGCCAGGACUUCAGUCCCGAGCGCCCGAAGGCAGACAGCCUGGGAUGCCCCAGCUUCACCAGCAUGGCUACCUAUGACAGCUUCCUUGAAAAGAGCCCUUCUGACAAGGCAGACACUAGCUCACACUUUUCUGUGGAUACUGAAGGAUACUAUACCUCCAUGCACUUUGACUGCGGUCUCAAGGGUAAUAAAAGUUAUAUUUGCAACUAUGCAGCCCCAGGUUCUGAGAGUGGCCAGAUUGGGAGCAUGACCUCCAGCCUAGCUGACUGCACCUGGCAGGAGUGUGUGAGCCUCAGGAGGCAGGGACGGCAGAGCAUCUCACUGAAGAAACCAAAGGCAAAGCCAGCCCCACCAAAACGCAGUUCGUCUUUGAGGAAAUCGGAGGACAGCACUGACUUUCCUGACAAGAAAGAACCAAAGAUCGGCGGCGGGCAGCACAUCUCUCAUACGGCCAGGGAGAUGAAGCUGCCCCUUGAGUUUUCAAACACACCUUCCCAAGUGGAAGGUCCCAACCUGAUAGCCAAGCAGGAGCUCCCCUGGGCAAACCAGGGUGACAGCGGGUUAAAGGACACUCCAUUCGACACAGCCGAUAUCCCCUCCUUUAAAGACGAAGGUGCUGAACAACCUCACUAUGCAGACCUCUGGCUUCUAAACGACUUGAAAUCCAGUGAUCCUUACAGGUCCUUGUCCAAUUCGAGCACUGCUACGGGUACUACAGUCAUAGAGUGCAUCAAGUCACCAGAGAGCUCCGAAUCCCAGACGUCCCAGUCUGGGUCACGAGCCACCACCCCAUCCCUCCCCUCUGUUGAUAACGAGUUUAAACUGGCCUCUCCUGAGAAGCUGGCAGGGUUAGCCUCACCCUCCAGUGGGUACUCCAGCCAGUCAGAGACACCCACCUCCUCUUUUCCAACUGCUUUCUUCUCGGGACCCUUGUCUCCAGGGGGUAGCAAGAGGAAGCCAAAAGUACCAGAGAGGAAGUCAUCGCUGCAGCAGCCGCUCUUGAAAGACAGCACUGCCUCGGUGAGCAAAGACCUCGAACUUCCAAUUAUACCUCCUACUCAUCUCGACCUAAGUGCUCUUCACAAUGUCUUGAGCAAGCCCUUCGCUCACAGGCACCAGCUGCAUACCUUCAGCCACAGCAAGCAGAGCGCAGUCGGGGAAGCCCUGCAUCCCAGCCCUCCCUCUGCCCUCGCCAUCACGCCUUCUGUUCUCAAGUCUGUCCACCUCCGGGCAGUCAACAAGCCUGAAGGAGGCAAACAGAAAGGCAGUGCCCCAGACCUGCUCUGCAUACAGGAGACCAGCUUGAUGGCGACUGACAUUUCUCCAGGCAAAAUGAGGCCACUGUUAGCUAAGAAACCAGUAUCGCGCCAGUACUCCACAGAAGAGUCCAUGGCGUUGUACAUUGACACUUCCCCAGCAGAAGUGGGCCCCGGAAAGCCACCUUUUGAGAAAAGCUCCUCUUUCAGUGGGCAGAGUAGCUGUGAGCGAGAAGCUGUAUCUUCAUCAAGCACGAGCCUGUUUGAAAUCAAACCCGGGAAGGACCAAACACACCCAGCCGCUGAGCGCUUGCCAGAAAGCACUCUGAAUCAGAUGUGUGCUGUCUCUGUGGAUGGGUUUCAGAAGGGGUCAGCUGUCCCCACAAUUAAUGAUGAUGCAAAGAAGCCUGGCCAGGGAGCAGAAACAGAGCAUGCCCUUCAGCAAGUGCAGGCACAACAAGAGCUCUCUGCAGGCAGUGAGGGGAGACUGGAAGCUGGGCCUGUGGGUGAAAGCCUGGCUCAGGACGAGAGAACAGCCAUCAGUGGACAGCUUAAGCAUCAAUCCUAUAUAAGCCAACAUGUGCCUGGGAAUAUCAGCUGUGAAGCAGAGAUGGCAGCUGUGAAUUCACUCAGUGAAGUGCGCUGUAAGCAGGAAAAUGAUACUGAGUCAGGUAUCCCAACCAAAAGUGCCUCUGAGGAUGGCAGGAUGGAUGAGAUGGCAGCCGGUGUGGACAAGCCUUCACUGAAAGAAUCUUCUCCAAGUGAUGAGUCCAUCACAUCUCCACUGAGCGAGGAGUCGCAGGCUGACACUGAGGAUGUCUUUGUGUCUCCAAACAAACCCCGCACUACUGAGGAUCUGUUUGCAGUCAUUCACAGAUCAAAAAGGAAAGUUCUUGGGCGAAAGGAUUCUGGAGACCUUUCUGUAAGAAACAGAUUGAGAGCGUCAUCUGGGACUAGCAGCCAGCCCCCCUCCAGCAGCACACUGCCUGCCAGCAAUGUGCCACCAACCGGCAGUGUGAGCACUCCCAUUAGCAGUCAGAGGUCCCCUGGGCUCAUAUACAGGAACGCCAAAAAGUCCAAUACAUCCAAUGAGGAGUUUAAACUACUGCUCCUUAAAAAGGGCAGCCGAUCCGACUCCAGCUACAGGAUGUCCGCCACGGAAAUUCUGAAAAGUCCUAUUUUGCCCAAGUCUCCUGGAGAACUGACAGUGGAUGUCCCCCAAAGCCUGGAGGAGUCUUCCUCUGCGGCAAGCCCCGAUGCAUUGUCCCCACUCUCCCCCUGCUCCCCCAGGGUCAACGCAGAAGGAUUCUCCUCCAAAAGCUUUCCCAUGUCGGCAUCUUCACGAGUGGGACGCUCGCGAGCGCCUCCAGCAGCCAGCAGCAGCCGGUACAGUGUGCGCUGCAGGCUGUACAACACACCAAUGCAGGCCAUCUCCGAAGGAGAGACAGAGAACUCGGAUGGAAGUCCCCAUGAUGAUAGGUCUUCUCAGAGCUCAACGUAGGCUGCACGACGCCAGGGCCAGGCUGCCGACACCACUCGGGAUCUGUAAGGGUGUGAAUAUAAGAGGUCAGUGCUGUAGUAGUCAGAAACAAGAAAAGAAAAAAAAUCGCAGGGCAAUAUUGAUUCUUAAAUAUGUUUGUGUUCGUAAGAUGCUGGGGAAACAGAGGACUACAGCUGUAGCUAUUUAUUACAUUACAUUUUCUAAAAGGAGGAAGAUAUGCUAUGUCUGUUCUGUUUUCUUUUGGCUUCAUUUGGUUUAUCCCACUCUCAUUUCUGUUGUCACUAUAGAUUUCAAGGCUAUACACUUUCCAUAGAGUUAAAAGUGACUUUGGGUUGUUUUUUGUUUUCACGGAAGGUGCCCAUCUAGAAAAAAAGCCCUCACUGUAGUGCUUCCCUAGGGAGGAAAAAGAAAAAUAAAUAAAGAAAACGCUCUUGAGGAUUGGUAUUUUUCUACACUAAAAUGAGCUGAAACUAAAUUUAGAAGAAAUUAACAAAACAUAUGUAAAUACCAUAUUUUUGAUAAAAAAUUGUAAAUAGAAUUAUCAAAAAGUGGAUGUGGCAAAUGAUUUACUGCAGAAUAACUUUGUUUAUAGAAGACAAAAGAAAUCAAAUGUAAUAACUGUAUUCUGUGAAUACCCAUUUUCAUAUCAAACAUAAAAAGUUCACGUGGCCACCAAUAACCACUUUCAGUGCAACAAGCCUGAAGAAUGACAUUGAGCAGUGGAAAGGAGGAACUAUCCACCUUAGUUAAAGAAAUUAAAAGGCUGACUGUGAUGGGAUUACAGUAACCAUUUGUCUUUCUAAGGCAGCUCCGAAGAAGGUAACUGGAAAGCAGAGCUGGGAGGGUUACCAUAAGGAUUGGCAGGGAAGGAGAGCAUGCUUCUGACAGAACAAAGUCAUGUCUGAUGCAGAGCCCCAAAGGUCCCAUCCCACAGCCUCCCCUGGGCCUUUAUUCUUGCAGGGAUCACUUCAGAGACGAUAGAUGUGAGAAGAAAUGGUACUUAGCUUUCAUAUUCCUAUUAGGCUAUUGGGGUACAUAACACAGUCAUAAUCUGGUAACUAUAAUCUUUAAACACGGUAGUUUCUGGUUCAUAAAGGAAACAAAUUAUAAGCAUGCAAGAAGCGCUUUCGAUUUAUCAGUAAAUAUCUGCGAUGAGUUUUCAGUGAAGCUUUCUCUUUGUGCUGAUGAGAUUCAUGCUACCUAAAUAUUUACAAAAAUGACACUGUGAAAACGUAGCUGGGAAGUAGGUAUGUGUAUGCAUUAUUUAUAUUCAUCGCUGAGCUGGGAACAGGAAAGCUCUGGUUCAUUGUGCCAGCCAAAUACAAUUGGGAUCUUGUCUGGAUUUACCAGAAACAUGGAACAGGGUCUGGGGCUGGGGUGGGGUGGGAAAGGAGACAAAUCAAAGCAGCUGCUUUGGUACAAAAGAAGGCAGGGAAAUAAAAGCUGAAUUACUUGAAGUUACUUGAAUUUUCUCAUCUUAAAACUGUAAGAACAUGUACUUUUAAGACUUAACCAGUAAGUUGCUUUAUGCUUUUAAUUUUUAAACAGAAUAAAAGCAACAGGUCUGAUUCUCCUUUGGGCCACCACAGUUUCCAUCAAUGGAGCCCCAUCCAUGCUACUCGGAGAACAAGGCCCCUUUGUCCAAAAUUGAUGCAGUUGGUGUUGGUUACCGUAGGAUAGGUUUGGAAUAGAGGAAAGGUUAGUGCAGAGAAAACAGUGUGAGGAGGAAUGUGGUGUGCAGUAAGACAGGUUGAAUAGGAUAGCAGAAAGAGUGUACUUUGGUACUAAAAAAAUCAAUUAAAAGCUGGCUUUAAGCAUAAGUAAAUGAUAGGGAAGCAGGAUGUGUGAAAUCGGUUUUUACCUUUUUUUUUGCUUUUAAUCAUGUAAUGCAUAAAGAUGAGAGUUUUUAAAAGCAGGCAGAGUGUGUUUUAAAGAGGGAAGUUCUACCUAAAACUGUUAGGAUUUUAAAGAGUCUGAGUAAGUCAGAAUGGUUUAACAAAUCCUGAAUGUUAUUCCCCAUAAGGUUCACAUCUGAUUUUGCCUAGUGCUUAUCAUAAGAACUAUAUCAUUCAGGGUUUCCUACUGUCCUCCUGUGUAGCCUGGUUGUGUUCGGUGUGCAAGGUAGAGUUGUUGUGUAUGUGGUAUGUGUGUUGGGAAGAGGAGUGGUCUAUCAGCUGAAGAGCUGCAAAAUUAAUAAUCUAGAAGUCCAAAAUACUUUUCAAAAAGGUGACGGGAGCAAGGUUUUGGAAACAAAAAGAUAAUCAGAUUAGUAGCUUAGUCUGGGAAUAUGUCUGAACUUAAGUGAACGAAUGAGAAUGUUUUAAGAGGGAAUGAUUUGCAUAUAACAAACCAGUUUCUGGAGAACAUGAGUAAAGGAAGCUUACGUAUUGGGUAAAAAAUCCUUAGGUUGUCAUCUUCAGUUAUUUUCAUUCAAAAUUUUACCAGCAGCACUUUUAGAACAUGUUCAAUACUCCUGAAUUAAAUAGUCACUCAAAACUGUAAAGAGAAUACAGCUGGAUUGCCUUUGAUGAUACCACUUUUAUGUUCCAAUCAAUAAUUUCAUAGAGACCAUAAAUAAAUAUACACUUUUUUUUUUUUUUUAACCAGAAUAGUGAGGCAAUACUUUAUGUACAGAAUGGCCACAGAACAUUCCUACUAAAAUAUAGUUCUAAUUUUUUUUUUAAUUUCCUAGUUUAUGUUUAGCAGAUUGAAACCCAAAUAGAGAUUCUAAACCCUAGAGUUCAUAACAAAUGUGAAUCAGAGGAAGAGAAGUGGCGGGAACCCCUGUAGCGCUGCAGGAGUGCCUUUAAGGCACCGGAGACAAGCUGUAGAGCGAAGAGGACAUCACUCACCCCUUGAGACAGGGUACAGUACAUGUAUCAGGUAAUUGCUGGACCAUCAUUUCAACUUACUUCCGUUGUUUGCACUGAUGUUAUGGAAAUAAUUUCUGAAGUAAAACAGCUGUGUGUUCUGAAAAAUAGCAUUUUCCCCCCCCCCCCCCUUUUUUUUUUUUUGGCAGCAUAGAGGACAUGGAAUAGUUGUAGCAAAUAAAGCAUAUUAUUUGCUUUUGCCAAAGGUCAGUGAUUGAGUGCAUUUGCUGCAAUGGUGGCAGAUAGAGAAAUAUUGUAGGUUAUGACUUAAAGAAUUAAAAAAUAAAAUAAAAUAAGAAGGUUACAGUGUAACUAUUUUGGUACUAGCACCAGUUCAUGCUGGCAGAAAAGACAAUGGUUUAUGGACUUGCAUCCAUUUUGUAUUUUUGUAAUAUUUGUAAAUACGAACUUUUUAAAUUGUUGCAAAGAUGGUUUCUUUUGUAAAAUGUUUUCAAAGUUUACAUUAAAUCCAAGCCUUUGUAUAUUUUAGAGCUGUGCAACACUUUAAGUCUUGUAUUUAUUUUUAGUAAAAACAGUGACAGUUUCAUUGUGAACCCCUCAAAAAAUGUGUUGGAAAAGUUUGAUUACCUAGAAAGUGUGUAUAGAAACUGCAAAUAAACGUGACUGCAAUUAAA